ACACCCUAUCUUCUGCAAUUCCUCAGUACCCUGAUAUUUCUACUACUUCCUAAUUUUGUCCUAUUUUGAACCUCGCAUUGUUCCCCGGCCUGCUGCGCGUCACCUGUCUGACCUCCAGAGCGGUUGCUGUUCCAUACGUUUUCGGCGACAUACUCCCAUCAUCUAUUAGGAUCCUCCUAGAAAGCGGCAGUUAUGAACGGCACACGAUCACACCCUCCGGCCAGCAGACAGCACCACAAUCUUGCUCGGAAUGAAGCCAACAUAUACCGCAAACCCAGACCGUCCUGGUGAGGUGCGGGCACUGGCAUGGCUUCCAAACAGAACACGCCAUCUACUCAUUGCCUUUCUAGGCGAAUUGAUCGGUACUUUCCUGUUCCUCUUCUUCGCCUUUGCAGCGACGCAAACUGCCAACAAUCUUCUCGGCACCCGAGUCAUGGACAUUCAGUCUCUCAUGUACAUCUCGCUGGCCUUCGGUUCUUCUCUGGCAGUCAAUGUCUGGGUGUUCUUCCGUGUCAGUGGAGGACUUUUCAACCCUGCGGUUACCGUCGCGAUGGCUCUCAUUGGUGCUGUGCCCUGUGUCAAGGCCGUGCUCCUCAUACUCGCACAGCUCGUAGGCGCCAUCGCCGCUGCUGGCGCUGUUUCGGCAACUUUCCCAGGUCCACUCGCUGUUCGCACACGACUUGGGGCUGGUACCUCUGUCACUCGUGGAGUCUUCAUUGAGAUGUUUUUGACUGCCUUGCUCAUUUUCUGUAUCUUCAUGCUGGCCGCGGAAAAGCAUCGCUCAACCUUCAUUGCCCCAAUCGGUAUCGGGAUUGCUCUUUUUGUCGCUGAGUUGGCUGGUGUCCUCUACACUGGCGGGUCUCUCAAUCCAGCGCGUUCAUUCGGUCCUGAUGUCGCCACCAGGCUCUUCGACGACUACCAUUGGAUCUACUGGGUGGGGCCACUUCUUGGUGCUCUGCUCGCCGUACUGCUCUACCGUCUCCUCAAACUACUGGAGUACGAAACUGCCAACCCUGAUGCCGAUGGCGAUGGUCGUCAAGAGGUCUACUACAGGAAUGGGGGCUCUGGAGCGAGCACGACUGAAACCACUCGUGUUCAUGGCGCAACCGACGGAGCCUCCGAUGAUGCGGACUUCGCAUCUCGCAUCCGCACCGCGAAACACGGACCGCAGCACAAUGCGGCUCUCACGAACGAUCAGGCCAACUGUGCUUCCAUGUCACAACCCAUGCCUAUCUUCAAUCCCGGCCAUGACGGCCAUCGUUCUCAAGCCGCGUCCAAUUGCAGCUAUCGUAGUGGCCCCAGCGUUGAAUCUGGCUCAUCGUAGUCUGGCAGUACCAACUCUUUUCGUUCCUCAGUCACAUCCAGCUCGACUGCAUCGUCGAGUACACAGGCCGAAGAUUACUAUAGGCACGAGAAGCCAAGGAAGCGAGGCACUUUCGAUGGCCAUAUGUAUUACCCGUGCUGCUGGCUCCCUGGGUUUGUGUUGAGCGCAAUUUUUUGUCCA